GUAUUCAGUAUUCGCAUCGCAUAAAAAUAACCAAUCGAGGGUGAAGAGUAUCAUCCGAAAUACUAAGCAUAAUUGUUUUUUUCUGCACUUGGAUCAUUUUAUUUAUUUUCUAAACUGCUGAAGAACAGUUUUGAACAUGUCCAGACAAGCUUCUAGAUUGGAUCCAAAAAAAGUGUAGCGUCUCUGGGUGAUUCAAUACAAAUUCGAGAAGUUCGUUCCACAAGUAUAGAUAUGGAAAUUUCCGCCCCGUCACCUGCAAGUCAACAGACACAACAAGGAGCAACUACGGGAGCCACUUUGCAGCAAAUGUCGACAAAUACAAAUCAAAUACAGCUUAUUCCAAUGAUGGCUGCUACUGGUACUGGAGCCGCCCAAAUCAUAAUAGGACAACAACCACAGCAAAAUGUGCAGCCACAGUUCAUUAAUAUAAACGGUCAGUUAAUGCAGAUUGCUACAGCUCUUCCAAGUUCCCAACAAACAGCUGCUGCAACUUCAACGACUAGUAGCACAACACAGCCAAUGCAGUUGAUGCAAUUGCCCGAUGGACAAACCUUGUUCUAUCAGCCUCCAGUUGUCCAAGGAGAUGCCACCCCAAGUGCAGUGCCUCAAAACAUUCAACCUAUGUUUAUUAACAUCAACGGACAGUUGAUGCAGAUUGCAACUGCAGUAUCAAAUACCCAACAACAAGCACCAACUACUGGAAGUGGCAGUACUCAACAAAUUAUAAUGAUGCCGCAAUCAGCAACAGCUCCAGCGACUAGAGUAGCGACACCCACACCCUCACAACAAAGCAAUGGAGGUACUAAUCCGACCGCUCCGGCGCAGACUGACUCGAACACGACGGCAUGUACUUCUGAUGACUCUCAGCCGGCUGCAACUGCUGAGGCGGAGGAAGAACCUCUUUAUGUCAACGCAAAGCAGUACAAGCGAAUUUUAAUUCGAAGGCAAGCAAGAGCUAAGUUAGAAUCGCGUAUACCCAAGGAGCGUUCCAAAUAUUUGCAUGAGUCUCGACACCGUCACGCAAUGAAUCGUGUAAGGGGUGAGGGUGGCCGCUUCCAUUCGGCGCAAGAAAAAGCCGAUAUGCAACAGGGCGCGGGCAUGGAAGAGCAUCAACAUCAAACUAUACCCUCAAGAGCGUCACAACCUAGGCUGCCACCAAGGGUAAUCGCUCCAUAUCAAGGAAAUACCAACAGCACUUCCUCUGCCCCGAAUAUAACGAUUACACCCAUAAAGUAACAUAGGUCUGCGCUUUCAGAAGCGCCAGCACCCAACACUCAAUCGCCAGCCUCAUUGUAUACAUUAGAUCACGAGAAGAAGAUGUAUUAUACAUAUGUAAAUAAUUUUUAAUACUACCUACCUACUAGCCAUAAGUUUAUAUUUGUAAGGAUUGUAAAAUGGCACAAAUUAACAAAAACAGGGUGUUCUCUCAAUAGUCACUACUA